AUGAAACACGAACAAACAAAUGAACAAGUAGCUAUGAUAGCGGGUCAAAGUAUGCCUUCAGUUAAAACAAUGUCACUAACUGGAGACCCUAAAAUAUCACGAAUUCGUAAAAUUCUUCUUCUUAUACUUGGUAUUUUUAUUGCACUCAGUGCGAUCCGUACGAUUGGUACGAUUGUCAUAUUUAUAAUCGGGUAUAGUGGAAACCGUUCUCAAGAUGCUGCCUCAAUUGUUCCAGUACUUCUUACACUUUUGCUGGAAGCCUUCGGUUUUUUCGUAACAUACAAAUACCAUGAAUUAGGUUUAGUUGUGAACUGUGAUGGAUUCUGGAAGAAAUCUCUUUCACAAUUAGACCCAUUCGAAAUAGCACUUUCAACUAUACACAUGUUUCUUAAAACUUGA